AUGUCGUACAUCGCGCCGGUACAUCUGGCCACGAGCAUUCGGCAUGCACUGUGGAUGAGAUUCCUCUCUCCAGACCAGGAAGAUCUGGUCCUCUCAAAAGCGAAUCGUAUCGAGAUAUGGCAGCUAGACGAAGAUGGCUUGACGAAAAAGCACUCCGUUGUCAUUUACGGCACGAUUGUUAUGCUUCAGAGACUCCAGCCGAAGGACUCCGAGACCGACUUGCUUUUCGUAGGCACCGAUAGACAGCAUUACUUCACUCUGGCAUGGAAUUCGGAAACGAAGGAGGUCGAAACUGUCACCGAAAAGUAUAUCCACGAUGAAGCCGAACCAUUCAUGCGCCAUUCGCAAAGCCAGAACAAGUGCUUGGUUGACCCAACCGGCAAGUUUGUGGUUAUGCAUCUCUGGGAGGGCGUCCUGACCGUUUUUAAGCUGCGCACAAGAGGGCGGGAGACAACUCGAUUGGAUGCGAUAGCUCAAGUAAGGCAUACCGAACUCUGGAUGAAGGCUAGCGCCUUCAUACACAGCCGAACCGGCCAUCCAAGGAUCGUUUUUCUAUACAAGAGCCAACAAGAGCACGAGGAGGCGCGCAUCGCAGUAUAUCGCUUGACCAAGGAUGACAGGGGUGGAGAAGUCUCCAAGUUCGACCCCCAGAAAGACCGGGAGCUCGACGAGAAAAUCAAGGAUCCAUAUGCAUCGAUGAUUAUUCCUGUUCCUGUCCCCGAGGAGAAACGAUACCAUGUUCGCAAAUCGGAAGGGACGAAAGCCCAUCUUGGAGGCUUCCUUGUUAUCGGCGAGACGCUAUUGACUUAUUUCGACAGCUUGACUUAUACGAGUCUUUCCUCGGGCUUGAAGGAACCAAGGAUCUAUAUCUCAUGGGCACAAUACGACGCAACGCACUAUUUCUUGGCAGAUGAUUAUGGGCGCAUGGAUCUUCUCACGGUUGAGACGGCAAGCGAACCUACUGGCGAAGUUGUGACGGGGUUGAAUGUAUGCCCGAUGAAAUUCACAGACACGGAUUUUCCGACGACGGCCAGAGCAUCGAGACUGGUCUAUCUUGGUCAAGAUAUCUUAUUCCUAGCAUCCCAUCAUGGAGACCCUCAGCUUUUACUCGUGAACACACACUCCAAAGAAAUGAGACUGCUUAAGAGUUUUUCCAAUAACGCACCAAUACUGGAUUUUGCGGUUAUGGAUAUUGGUAAUAGAGACGGAGACCAGCAGGCUGGAAAUGCUUUUUCUUCUGGGCAGGCUAGAAUUGUGGCAGGCUGUGGAGCUUAUCACGACGGCACGCUGAGGAGUAUUCGAAGCGGUGUUGGCCUGGAGGACUGGGGUAUCCUUUUUGACCAAACGGAUACCCGAGCUCUGUUCACGCUGAAGUCAUAUGGAGCAAAGUCUGUUGACACGCUCGUGGUAUCACUGAUAGAUCUGACACGGGUAUUCAAAUUUGAUGCGGACGGAGGUGUGGAGGAGGUAUUCAGCCACGAAGGAAUAAUAAUGGAGUCAGAGACUCUACUGUUGAGAAACUUGCCGACGGGGCAAGUUUUGCAAGUAACAACACGAUCUGUUGCCCUGAUAGAUCCUGAGAGCGGCGUUGCUGCUUCAAGUUGGACAAGCCCUGAGGGUAAAGUGGUGACUGCUGCGUCAGCGAAUGACAAGUGGUUAUUACUAGUCAUCGAUGGUUCUGUUCUUGUUCGUUUCGAUCUCGAGAAUGACCUGGAGGAGCUUUCUCAGUCUCGAGAUACAGGAUCGAAUAGUCUUGAGAACCAAAUAUCGUGCAUACACGCCGCUCAGAGCCCUCAGAACCUGGGAGUUGUUGGCUGGUGGGCUUCUGGUACAAUUUCUAUCAUUGACCUUGCCACUCUUCAGCCUAUUCAUGGAGAGUCUUUGCGUCAAUCCGAUGAUAGCGCCUCGGUUCCCAGAGACAUAGCACUUGUUCAGCUCCAUCCCGUGGAGACUUCCGGCCCUACUCUGUUUAUUGCUACUGAAGACGGCAAUGUGAUCACAUUCAACGUCUCUAUCAGCAACUUUGAAAUAUCUGGACGAAAGACAGUGACGCUCGGAAACGGCCCAUCGCGAUUUCAUCUCCUGCCUCACGGCGAUGGAGAGUGCAGCAUUUUUGUUACAACGGAAUUUGCUAGUUUGAUCUACAGCUCUGAGGGCAGAAUCAUUUAUUCAGCAACGACUGCCGAUGACGCGACCUUCGUCGCACCCUUUGACUCAGAGGCGUUCCCCGGGUCGAUCAUUAUUUCAACAAAUGACCAUGUGAAGCUUAGUUUUGUUGACAGAGAACGUCUGACCCAUGUCAAGCCCUUGCGUGUUAGAGAAACUGUCCGACGAAUAGCGUAUGCUCCUGAUUCGAAGGCGUUUGCCAUUGCAUGCAUCAAGAAGGAGUUAAUUCAAAGCGAAGAGAUAAUCACCAACACGAUCAAGCUGGUUGAUGAGAUUAUUUUCCAAGAGCAAGGCACACCAUUUUUACUCGAUGGUUCGACAGGAACCGAGCUCGUUGAGUGCAUGGUUCGUGCGUCACUCCAUGAUUCCAACGGAAACCCUGCGGAGAGAUUAAUAGUAGGGACGAGCUUUGUUGAAAAUUCGCCAUCUUUGACGGCAGGAAGUGAUAUCCAGGGCCGUAUUCUGGUUCUUGGUGUCGAUCAAAACCGGCAGCUUUACCAAAUCAAAGAAAUAAAGCUUCGCGGGAAUUGCCGUUGCCUGGGUGUCAUGGGGGAUCAUAUCGUGGCAGGACUGACCAAGACCGUGGUGGUUUUUAGUUACUCCGAGGACACCACUGCGACGGCCCAAGUUGAGAAACUGGCCUCGUACCGGCCCGCGAGUGUCCCCGUAUCCUUUGACAUUACGGGUAAUAUUAUUGGUAUAGUAGACCUGAGCCAAUCCAUGGCCCUGGUUGAGUUUGUUCCACGCCAGGGCGUAACAGCCGCGAGGCUCGACGAGCGGGCAAGACACUACCACCCGUCCUGGUCAACGGCUAUUUGCGCGUUAGAUGACGAGAAAUGGUUGGAGGCAGAUUCAAAAGGAAAUCUUGUGGUCUUGAGACAAAACAAAGAAGCACCAUUGGAGCAAGACCGGCAAAGGAUGGAUAUUAUCAGUGAGUUGAAUAUCGGAGAGCAAAUCAACCGGAUUAGGAGGCUUCAUGUUGCACCAGACGAGAAUGCUGCCGUGUGGCCUAAAGCAUUCCUAGCUUCAUCUGAAGGUUCCGUUUACAUGUAUGGUGAGGUUGCUCCAAGGUAUCAGGACUUGUUGAUCAACUUCCAAAGCAGCCUUGCCCGCCAUGCGAAGCCCGUGGGUGACAUUAAUUUUGACCUAUGGCGCGCAUAUCGUUCUGAGGCGAGGGAAAAUAAUGGGCCCUUCCGGUUUCUCGAUGGGGAAAUGUUGGAAAGAUUUUUGGAUAUGAACGAAAGCAUGCAGGAAGAGGUAUGCGAGGGUCUGGGACCCAGUGUCGAGGAUAUGCGUAACAUUGUCGAGGAGUUGCGAAGGCUGCAUUGA